AAUGGCUGAGGUAAUGUUUGAGUUGGAAGAUUCAGAGAUUCCCAAAGAUUUACUUUCACAGUUGGAGGAUUAUUUUCGCGUUGAUAUAAAGUGUAAAAACGGAAUCAAGAAUAUUUUAGAGGAAGAUGACCCAGAUGCCCAUUAUGCUUUAAAUAUAUAUGCUGUUGAUCUAUUUCUAGCUUGUGAAGAUACUCUAGAUGCUCUAACCGACGAACCUUUUGUUCUCUUAUAUGCUUGUAUGAUUGCUAUUCGAAAUGUUGAAAGAGAAUUCUUAGAAGAAGAAGAUUCUAAGAAUUACGUUUUCAAAAAAAAUGUACACGGUCGAAUAUUUGGUUUAUUGACUACUUCGACUUUUCAUCGAGAGGUUAUGCCCAAAACGAAAGACGUUGGUCAGUUUUUUGGAUUGUGUGGAACUAUUACUAGAACUUCGAAUGUUAAAUUGUUACCUCUGGAGAGAGAAGUGAAAUGCUCUAAAUGUCAAACAUCGUUCGAUAUUCCUCUAUCAAUUGGCAAUUGGUUUAUGCAGAAGAAACCUAAAAGGUGUAAAAAUGGGUGCAAGAGCUGGAAUCUGUCAUUUACAAAUCAGCACGAACCUGACCGCAGCAAGUCUACAAAUUUUCAAGAAGUCAAGAUGCAAGAAAAUGCCACAUCAGUGGGUGUGCCUAAAUCGAUAGAAAUAAUUCUUUUAGAUGAUUUGGUUGAUUGCUGUAGGCCAGGUGAUGAUGUGAAAAUUUGCGGAAUUCUUAUGAGAAGAACAAGAAAUUUUCAGGUUGAUAAUAGGCCGGAUAUUGAUUUUGUAUUUUUAGCUAAUCACAUUGAAUUUCGACACCCACAACGAAAUUCUGUAACCAUGACUAGCGAAUUUGGUAGAAAAUUUACAGAAUACUGGAAAGAAUAUGAAGAAAAUCCUUUCGAGGGCCUUAAUCUGUUGUUGAAAAGCGUAUGUCCCCAGAUAUAUGGAAUGUAUGUUGUCAAACUUGCUUUAUUGCUAGUGAUAAUUGGUGGUGUUCGACAAGAAAGAGAUGUCGUUCAUACGAGAGGUCAAUCGCAUAUGCUCCUAAUUGGAGAUCCUGGAACAGGGAAAUCUCACCUUUUGCAAUGGGCAACAAGAGUUGUACAGCGAUCUGUUAGAACCACAGGGAUUUUUUCAUCAGGAGCAGGUUUGACGGCCGUAGCAGUUAGGGAAGGUUCGGAGUGGACAUUGGAGGCUGGAGCACUGGUUCUUGCUGACAAAGGCAUAUGCUGUGUUGAUGAGCUAUCAACGAUGUCUGAGAACGAUAGGACUCUAUUACACGAAGCUAUGGAACAACAAACAGUUAGCAUAGCGAAAGCAGGAAUAGUAUGUAAACUCAAUACACGAACUUCUCUAAUAGGGGCAACAAAUCCAAAACACGGAAAGUACGAUUGGGAUUUAUCGCUGUCUCUAAACGUAAAUAUGUCUACUGCCCUUCUGUCUAGAUUUGAUGUUAUAUAUGUUCUUUGUGAUGAUUUAACACCUGACUGGGUAGAAAAGAAAAGUAAACACAUUAUAAAAUCAAAGAUCCAAGCCCACAAUAUCGGUUUACAACUAAAAAAAAACGAAGAUGAAGUGUGGUCAGUGGAAAAUAUUAAGGCCUACUUAAUGUACAUUAAGGAAGAAAUGAAACCUGAUGUAUCAAUUCCUGCUGCAGAAGUCAUGAAAGCGUACUAUAGACAUGUAAGGAAAAAUUCUCAGCAUCGUGGAAAAGAUACUGGACAGGCUACUCUUCGUUUCUUCGAAUCUUUGAUUCGCUUAGCAAAAGCACAUGCAAAGCUCAUGAUGAAAACUCAAGUUGACGUUGUUGAUGCUGUGAUGGCAAUAUACGUCAUUGAUCUAUCGAUAUGCGGUCGAUCCAUAAUUAGAGAUGGAACUAAUGUGGUGACAACAAAUAUUCCAGUUGAUGCUAAGGCAUCAUAUUUAGAAUUAGCCAAAACAAUUCUAGGACAUUUAAAAUUUCACAGCUAUCUCGAAGAGGAGCUACAGAGGUGGAAAUAG